AUGUCGCCUUGGAGCCUCAGAAAGAAAAGGGCCAAGAAGCUCAAGCAGAAGAUCACUAGAGGCCAGUUUGACGAUCUUCGGCGACGUCUGAAGCUUCUGGAGCUCCAUGUCGAAGCUGCCGCCAACAUCUUCAACAAGAUGAAUACCGACCACAUCGCCAAGGACGUCAAGAACCUCAUCAGAAACUUUUCGGCUCCCUGUGCCGACGGAAGAGCGAUUCGAAGCACGGCGAAUGAUGCGCUGGCUGGUGUGAACCGUCUCGAGACUUCCGUGAAGAAUCUCGAGGCUGGCAUGGGGAACCUGGAAGCCAGCCUGAAGGAUCUGACGGCUGACGUGGAGGACCUUACGGCUGCCUCCGCAAAGCAAGCUCAGAGCAUCGAGAAAAUCCGAGAAAGUCACCAGGCAGAGAUGGCGCCGAAGAGGGAGAAGUUCGAUGCCGCGGUCAAGACCAUGGAGGAGCGGAUUUCUGCGAUCGAGAGCCAAGUCGAGCAGCUGGUGAAGGGCGCCUCGACGAGCGCAGCUCAACAGCCCGCCGACUUGCCCAAGGAUGGUCGAGCUCAGGAGGUGUGGAAGGGACGACUUCGGUCUGGCAGAAAGGGAUGA